AUGGCGACUCCAGAACCCAAAAUAUCGGCUCGGCCGGCGCCGAAAGUGAUAUUACCAGCGUCGGACAAUAUUGUGUUGGUGCGGGCCAUCGACACAGAGAGCAAGCUGGUCUGCAACGCCGAUGCUUUUGUCCAACCCACCAUUACGGGCCACGAGAAGCUGAAUUUCACGACAAUGUGCUUCCUCAUCGAGCACGAGGCCGAAUCCGGUGGCACAGAGUAUAUCUUGUUCGAUUGCGGUCUUCGAAAGGACUUUUGGAAUACGACGCCCGACAUUCAACGCAAAAUCGGUUCCUUUGUGCCCGGGAUGGAUGUGCGCCGUGGCGUGGAUGAGAUUCUUGUUGACCAAGGUUUCGACCUAUCCGAUCUUAAGGCAAUGGUUUGGAGCCACUGGCACUGGGACCACAUUGGCGACGGAUCCAAGUAUCCGUCCUCGACAGAUAUUGUGGUAGGGCCAGGAUUUACAGAGAAUUUUGUGCCAGGAUGGCCGGAGGACCCGAACGGACGAGUUCCGUCUAGCUCACUCAAGGGUCAUCGCAUUCAUGAACCAGAUUUUCCGCUCGAAGUUGGAGGGUUCCCCGCCCAUGAUUAUUUUGGCGAUGGAUCGUUCUACUUGCUAGAUGUACCUGGUCACGCCGUCGGGCACAUUUCUGCACUGGCACGCACCACUCCAGACAGCUUCAUCUUCAUGGGCGGCGAUUGCUCUCACUACGCCGGCAUGCUCCGCCCAACCGAAUACGUUCCCAUGCCAGCAACAAUCCCUCCCGGUCAGCUAGAUGCCUACUAUCCGCCCAUGUGUCCCUGCUCCCUGUUCACAGCACUUCACCCUACGGUUGGCCGCACUGCUACCAACGGAAACGGCGGCGAACACACCAAGUCCUCGUCCGACGAAGCGCGAUCAAGGCCGUUCUAUGACGUCUCGCGCAAGCCGCAUGGGGCAUACGAGUUUGGCGAUCUCGCGCAGGAGAGCGUGGACAAGGUCAAGAUUUUGGAUGCCCAGAAAAAUAUCUUCGUCUGCCUGGCGCACGACCGCGCCCUGAUGGAGGUUCUGCCACUGUACAAUAGGAAUGUCGACGCAGUGAUCAAUGACUGGAAUAACUGUGGUUACAAGGAAAAGACACGAUGGGGGUUCUUGAAUGAGCUUCCUAGAGAUCGGAAACCAGGUCGGCCCCUUUUGACUGAGGGCUUGUGGCGGAACGGGAACAAGGUCGUCUGGAAGGACGGAGAAGGCUUGGUAGAGCUGACCUCAUAA